AUGGACCAAAUCAAGUCAUCAAAUGAUAAUGUACAGAACACGGACCAAAUCAAUUCAUCAAAUGAUAAUGUACAGAACACGGACCAAAUCAAGUCAUCAAAUGAUAAUGUACAGAACAUGGACCACAUCAAGUCAUUCAUUGAUAAUGUACAGAACACGGACCACAUCAAGUCAUCAAAUGAUAAUGUACAGAACAUGGACCACAUCAAGUCAUCAAAUGAUAAUGUACAGAACAUGGACCACAUCAAGUCAUCAAAUGAUAAUGUACAGAACACGGACCACAUCAAGUCAUCAAAUGAUAAUGUACAGAACAUGGACCACAUCAAAUCAUCAAAUGAUAAUGUACAAAACAUGGACCACAUCAAGUCAUCAAAUGAUAAUGUACAGAACACGGACCAAAUCAAGUCAUCAAAUGAUAAUGUACAGAACAUGGACCAAAUCAAGUCAUCAAAUGAUAAUGUACAGAACACGGACCAAAUCAAGUCAUCAAAUGAUAAAGUACAGAACAUGGACCACAUCAGGUCAUCAAAUGAUAAUUCAUCAAAUGAUAAUGUACAGAACAUGGACCAAAUCAAGUCAUCAAAUGAUAAUGUUCAGAACAUGGACCAAAUCAAGUCAUCAAAUGAUAAUGUACAAAACAUGGACCAAAUCAAGUCAUCAAAUGAUAAUUUAUCAAAUGAUAAUGUACAGAACAUGGACCAAAUCAAGUCAUCAAAUGAUAAUGUACAAAACAUGGACCAAAUCAACUUACAUCAAGUUAUUAAAUAG